AUGCGCAAUCGAUUCCAAGCCUGCUCCUUCAAGAACUUCACUAACUCACUCUCCUCCAAUAUUCCAAGCAACUUAAAUAAAACAAGGUCAUGCGAAUCUAACUUAUUCGGAUAUGCUAAUAAAAAAAUGCUAUAUGUAACUACUAUCUUACCCACUUUUUAACCUUACUAAAACAUCAUUUCCAAACUCAAAGACCACAACAUCAAAAUGCAACAAAGAAAGCAAAUUAAAAUGAGAAAUAAAAGACAUUAAAUUUAAAAAAAGACCCUCAUUGAAAUUAUUAAAAAAUAAGAACAAAAACCUAAAAAAAGAACCAACAAACAUCAUAACACUGCAUUUUACAAUCACUAGGCUAGUCCAAAAGCCCAACCUAAUCUUUGUUCUGAUGAUACUCAUUAAAAUCCCUCCAGAGAAAAUUCGAAGCAUUCCAUCUAAUUACAUGUGUACAAUUCGCUCUCUCCUCCAAAACUUUACAUUGACAAGAGGACUACAAAGUUAUAGACCUUUUCAUAAAGAUUGAAAACGUUUUACUUACCUAUUACAGCGCCCUUUGAUUCUCAAACCAUUCUGAAGUUGGAGAGGAUACAAAAUGGAAGAGCUAAGGUCAUUAAAUAAUAAGGCUCUCGCGAUGAUUAUUAAAUGAUGAAAAUGUAUGGUGACGACCAAGGCAAAAAUCAAGAAACCCAACUUCCCACUCUGCAUCAAGAGGAUGACGAGGAGGACGAGUAAACUGAACAUGAUACUCUAGGCCAUUUAAAACAGCUAUCUCAUAAUCAUCAAAAGCAAGCCUAUAAAAAUAUUUUCAAAUUUAAUAGACGCAGUCUUCAAAGCCUGAUUGACAAAUAAUAAUUAGGGAAAAGUAGAAUUAAAGAAAUAUUGACAACUGAGUACAGUUAGAGAGCAAUUACUGCUAAUCUGUCCCCUUAGUGUAAUUGUAUUCUUGGGUAUUAUCCAAUACCUUCGAUGAAACUCUUGGAUGCAAAAUGGAAAAGACCUAUUCAGAAGCUACUCCCUUUAAAUAUCAAGCCAGUUAGUCAAUCCUCGUUCUCCAACAUGAUACCUCUUUUACCAGUUUCGGUCAUUACUCAAUCUACACAGUCGACAAAAAACAGUAAUGAAAAGAAGAAGCUCGCGAGGAAGAUCAUUAAUGCAGGAGAGAAGAAACACAAGAAGAACAUUACGUUUGGAUAAUUGUUGAUUAAAGUUUGA